AUGGGCGAUCCACCCGAGUGGACGAUCAGUGGUUCCCACAUACGCGGAAAAGUGCUCAACUGGUUCAUUGGCUUUGUAGCCAGUUACGGUCUCCUGAUGUUCGGUUACGAUCAAGCGUGCUCAGCGCACUCUUUCGUGACUUUGGACUCUUUUCAAAUGUAUCAAAGCCUCGUGACACCUCGAGGACAGGAAAAUGAUCUAUGUGGGCUCGCUAAUCCAACCAACACAGUUCCAGAUCCUAAUAACUGUACUGGUGAUGCCAAUACGCAGGCUGCCGGCGUUGGUAUCUAUCAAAUUGGAUGUUGGAUGGGGUCUUCAGUGAUCCUGUUCUAUGGAGAGAACUAUGGUCGCAAGUCCUCCACCUUUUUGCGCUCGUCCACUAUGAUCAUUGGAACCAUUGUGCAAGCUGCGUCUUUUGAGUACGGCCUCUUUGUUGGAGGGCCGUAUUCGCGAGUGCUCGUGCCCAUCAAUGAGGUAUUCUCAUCAUGCUAUCUGGGGCAUUGA